AUGAGUACUGUAGUGGCUAUGGUCGCCAGCUUUCUUGGAUCCCAGCACACAUUCUGCUUUCUUCAGGAGGUAGAGGAAGAAGGGUUGAACCUGAAAACUCCAGGACCUAAACCUCAUCCUAGCUGGGUGUACAGAUACAACAUAGAGGAUAAAACACAGGUGAAAAGAUCUUCUUCUCUGCUGCAGCAGACUAGAUCUAGUUCUGUUCUUGGUUUAAGUUCAGCUCUAGGUUCAGGUUCAGCUUUGUUAGCUCCUGGAGUAGGACGUGGAGGGGUUGGAGGAGGAGUAGGAGGAGUGCAUGGGUUUCAGCGAAUGGAUUUGCUCAAUCCUCUGCCGAAGGCGCCACGUGACCUUUCUCCUCCUGGCCUCCAUCUUGGUUCUAUCCCAGAUCAGCCAGAAUUGAAGACGAUCAAACAUGCGGUUAUCCGUAGACAUAACUCUAUGUAUGCGGCAUCCUCGCGUACACCAGGACCAAAUCCGUUCCAACCUCCAUAUACUUUCAAGGACGUGACCGGCGCAAGUGAGAUCCGUCCCAUUGUAACACUUCAGCGUAGUAAGACUGUUACUCCUGGUGCUAUUCUAUACAGAUCGUCAUCAAUCCAAGCUGUGGCCAGGUCUUACUCUACGGCUCCUCAGUUUCGACAAUAUGUUGCACGAUACAGACAAGCAGACAUUCCGUUACAUGGAACUACAGGGCGGUAUCGUAAACACAGUAAGGCACGCUUGUAUCCAGACCAGGAUUCUGGAAACCAAUUUUGUGAGUUUCAGAAGGACAAAGAUAUCCUUAUUUUUCCCGCUUAA